UAAAAAUUUCCAAGUAGCGAAAGAAAGCCUUCCAUUGUCGAGUAGCAUUCCAAGUUUUCUACGACCAUCUGGACCACCCUCUCCAGCAGACUGCUCAUACAUUGCCCCGGAACGAGUCGAGAGGUUUCCCAGUUCCCCGAGGCCCAUCUACUUCUUCCGCCCUACUCUUCGCUGCUCUCGCGAAAAGAACAGCGUCAACCACUCAAAUACUGCCUGGCGCUCUGGUGCAUUUGCAUCAUCAACACACUCAAUAUGGCGUCGGACGAGAUUGUGUGGCAGAUCAUCAAUCAGCAGUUCUGCUCCUUCAAGUUGAAGACUACGAAAGAGAAAAACUUCUGUCGCAACGAGUACAAUGUCACAGGCCUAUGCAAUCGGCAGUCCUGCCCGCUGGCGAAUUCUCGCUACGCCACAGUUCGAGCCGAUCCUGUCAAGGGUACACUGUAUCUGUAUAUGAAGACCAUUGAACGCGCCCACCUUCCCUCCAAGCUCUGGGAAAAGAGGAAGCUGAGUGCUAAUUACCAGACGGCCUUGAAACAGCUUGAUGACAUGAUGCUAUACUGGCCUCCUUUCUUGCUUCACAAGGCCAAACAGAGGUUGACUCGCCUUACUCAAGUAGCCAUUCGAAUGCGCCGGAUCGCAGCCGAGGAAGCAAGGCUGGGAGAGAAGUUGACGCCCAAGCUAGCCCCCAAGAUCAGACGACGAGAGGCUACGAGAGAGAGAAAGGCAGAAGCAGCGGCUAAGCUUGAACGGACAAUUGAGAGGGAACUUCUACAGAGACUUAGGGAGGGUGCGUAUGGCGACCAGCCGCUCAAUGUCAGCGAGAACAUCUGGAAGAAGGUGCUCAACGAGAUGGAGAGAGAGGGCGACGGCACCCGAGACAAGGACAUGGACAAGGGUAUCGAAUCGGAGGACGAGAACGAGAACGAGUAUGAGUAUGAGCAAGAGGAAGAAGAUGACGAGGACGGCGCAGUGGAGUACGUUUCUGACCUGGAUGAGACGGAUGAUGACCUGGAUGAUAUGGAGGACUGGCUUGGAGAGAGCGACGAGGAGGACGAGUCGGAAGAGGACGAUGAAGAUGAUGAGGAGACCCAAGAGGUCGACAUCAAGAAGAAGCUGGCGGCCGGCGGCAAGAGGAAGGCUCCAGCAGCGCCUGCCCGCAAGCCGACGAAGGGCACGAAGCGAAGAAAGGAGGUGGAGCAUGAGGUGGAAUAUGAACCGCGGACUCAGGAACUGGCGUUCUAAGGGGGCUACUCGGCACGUACAUGAUGCGUAGUCUUGACGGGCUGCCCGAGGUUUACAGAUCACAGGCGUUAAUUCAUGAUACCAAUUGCUAGAAAGAAAUAUCAUCGUCCAGUUCUGAGGUUUCAUUUUGUGGAGAGCAUUCCGUGGUUUGCAGAAAGCAGCGAGAGUCCUUUGUUUGAGCAGGUACUUAAAAAACGGCGGGGAAGUCUAUAAGAUAAGAUGAUGAAAUAACUUUGACUACGUUCAACACGUUGAUUGAAGUCUAAUGUGUAUCCGAGCUGUUGCGGCCCGAGGCGCGCAUUAAAAAAAGAAUAAGUGCUAGACACCCUCCC